AUGCUGGAAAUUUUGUGCAUUGAUUUGAUUAACGAAUUGUUCAUAACAAAACACAAGUUUCUACUUGCCAUGAAACUGAACAAUUUGCUGAAUGAAAAAUAUCAAAAUUGGAAAAAAGACGAAAUUGACAAAACGGUUAAAGUAGAGUCACCAACGCUGUCACAAUCAAAUGCAAAAUGGCAUAUUCCUGAAUCACCACAAAUGCAGGGAAAACAUGGUUACUCCAAUUUUAGCAAUUUGAAAAAAGAUGAGACAAGAAGAAAAAAAAAAAAAAUAAUAAACUUCAAAAAGUUAAGAAAACAUAUAGUAGAUAUAAAUGAAUACUGUGAUGCUUAUUGUUGGGGAAUAAAAAGUGACGAUAAGCCAUUGAAUUGUCACACUGCUUGUAGGAUGAACUGCGGUGUUCGUUGCACCCCAUACAGUUAUGCACGUUCACAGUUUGUAUUGCGAAAUUAUGAAAAAAGAAAUUUCAUUUUGAACAAAAAAGAAAGAACAUUGAUUAAAAAAAUCAUUCAUCUUCAUAUUAAAGAAAAAGACAUAGUAAAAAAUAAAAAAUAUUCAUUUUAUUUAAACAAUAAUGAAGAAACAAAAGGAGUAAUGAACAAUUCCUUAUUUGAAAAUCCAUGCAAUCAAAGGAAAGAUAAUCUUGUAGAUAUUUUAAAUGAUGAAUUAAGUGAAUAUAUUACCAAAGACUUUUACCCUUUUUUGCCUCUCCAUAACUUUACGCAAGAAUCCCAACCUCCGAACAAGAAAAGUUUAAGUUAUCUCAUUAAUAUGGAAAAAAUUAAUGAAAUUUUAAAAAGAAAAAAUAAAAUAAAAAGUACAUUACCAGGAAAAUAUAUGAAAAGAACAGUUCUUCUUUCUUCGAAAAAGUUAAAUAAGCAUUAUAUAAAAUUCAUAACAAAGUUUCGCUUGUUUAUCAAAAAAAUCAAAGAAGAGAAACACAAAAGUGUCUACUCGACGCAUUUGCCUGAUGUUAAGUAUACCAUUUUAAAAACACUUCUGUAUUUAAAAGGAGGUUCUACUCCACGUAGCACAACCAGUAGUGGAUCCAGCAGCGGAGCAAGUUGUAGAACAGGUAAUAUUAAUCAAAGUAAUAAUAAUUCUGCCAUUCGAGAUGACAUCCAGUGUGAGGUGCUGCCGACACGUAGACCUACAAGCAGAAAUGUAACUUCCAGUGCAAAACUAAAUCUGAACAAUGGGAAAGGUAAAGGUGAACAUUAUGAAAUAUAUCAAGCUAUUUCUACAAUUCAUUUUCUGAAAAAGAGCUUAUAUAUUAUCAGAAUGGAUGUUAUGUACAUUUUUAUUUUUUUAAUGUCCUAUGUGAAUAGCAUCCUUUCCAAGUUAAAAAAUGGACGUUUGGGUGUGAAAGCGAAGAUGAGAAAAAAAGAAUGA